GGAGGGCUGUCGCGGUCAACCUUCAACUUCAAGUUCGUCGUCUUGCUAAGGAUCAAUAUUGUUCUCAACAGGGCGUUCGAGUAUGAACGUUGUGCGAAUGACUUCGCUCAAGGCUGAAGCGUUCUAUCUCUCUCUGUGCCACACAUUGAACUGACUCCGAAUCCGGACCGACCUAUAUUGUCCGUUUUUGAAAUGUCCCUGGCGGGUCUUAUUCAAUUGAGGAUCCGAUUUCGUCCCACAUAAGCAGAGUCAUAGAGAGAGGUUCUAUCGUACUGAUCCAAGGGCUCUGAAGACAGGAUGAUCAUCUCGUGGACCGCUGGCACUGUUGUCAUUGUUGUCACGGUGUUUACCUUCCUCGCGUUCCGCAUCAUUUUAUACCGCCAACGACUAUGCUUUCUAGGUCCCAUAGGCCUGCCCAUUAUAGGGAAUAUUUUACAGAUACCUCACGAUCGGCAAUGGCUUAAGUUCGACCAGUGGAUCCGCCUCUACGGCGAUGUCGUGGGAUUGCAUGUUCUAGGUCAGCCAACGUUGAUCCUGGGAUCAGCUCAGGCAGCCAACGAGACUCUGGAUGCCCGAGGAAAUAUAUACUCGGAUAGACCAGUGGCCGUCAUGGCCGGCGAACUUGUUGGUUGGAACCAAGGGUUAGGCUACUCGCCAGGUCCACACAGCCAUCGCUUCCGUGAAUUUCGUAGACUUUUCCACCGGUUCAUUGGGCCUCGAUCUGCCCAACAUCCGCGUAUCUUACGUAUGCAAGAACAAGCCGCGGCGAAUCUGCUUCUGAAGAUCAUGCAGGAACCAACACAAUUCAUGAGUCAUGUCAGGCAGUCCACUGGAGCCGUCAUUCUUCGACUAGCUUAUGGCUAUAAUGUGACAAAAGAUCAGGACGAAGACCCAUUAGUUAAAAUUGUCGAGAAGGCAAUGCAAGGAUUCGCGAAAGCCUCCGAACCUGGUGCUUUCCUUGUUGAUUACUUCCCUGUAUUGAAACACAUUCCGGACUGGGUACCUGGAGCCGGUUUCAAACGUGUCGCGCAGCUGAUGCGAAAUGAUUUAGAAAGACUUUACAAUGUACCAUUCAAUUUUGUCAAGCAGUCCAUGAAGGAUGGCAAUGUUACACCCUCAUUUACGUCCACUUAUCUCGAGGAGAAAGGCACACCUACUAAGGAGGAUGAAGAACUAAUCAAGGCGGCCGCCGCUUCUUUAUAUUCAGGAGGAGCAGAUACUACGCCUUCCUCUCUUGCUUCUUUUAUUCUGGCCAUGACGCUACAUCCAUCGGUUCAAGCUCGAGCCCAAGCUGAAGUCGAUUCAGUUCUUGGAAAUUCCUGGAAACGACUCCCAACCUUCUCCCAUCGUGAAUCAUUGCCAUAUGUAAGUGCUAUUGUACUGGAACUUCUCAGAUGGAACCCAGCUGUUCCCUUGGGAUUGGCACAUCGACUGACUCAGGAUGAUGUUUACCAAGGACGUCUUGUUCCCAAGGGUACCAUAGUAUGGGCGAACAUUUGUAGGACAAUGCUUCAUGACGAGAAGGUCUUCCCAGAUCCAACGGAAUUUCGCCCUGAAAGAUUCUUGGACAACAAUGGCAAACUGAGGCACCUUGAACGUCACGAAGAUCCUUCCGUCAUCGGGUUUGGAUUCGGUCGACGCAUAUGUCCUGGCAUGUUCUUUGCGGACAACUCCAUCUUUAUCGCCGUUGUGAUGAUGCUGUAUGUCUUCAAGAUCUCGAAGGCGAGGGAUGACCAAGGAAGAGAAAUUGAACCCCAGAUAGAAUACGAUGGUUUCAUUAGUCAUCCAAGGCCGUUCGAGUGUAUAGUUGAACGGCGUUCAGCGGAGGCAGAGCUUCUCGUCCGGCGGGAAUGUGUCCGGAUGGUCUAAUGUGGGAAGCAAGUAUAUAUUGCGUGGAAUGAUGUUCAACGUUGUUGUUUCCUACAUUCUUUCUGCACUCAAGAAUAAUACCCACAGUGUGAAACUCUUCAAUGACCAUCAAGUCAGUAAUCGAGGAUAUGUUACCGAACGUGACAAUCAAAAGGGAAUCAUCGG